CAGCUGGUCUCACUUUAGACUCCACUGUAUACCCAGCGUUAUUUCAAGAGGCUUUUUGAGCUUUUCUCAGUCACACCUCAAUUUCCUAAAUCACUCGCUCACCGUUCAAUCACAUCCAAUUCCUUCAUGGCUUUAAUUCCUUAUUCUUCUUCUUCUUCUUCUACCCGUGGUCGUGGAUCAAAACACGAUGUCUUCAUCAGUUUCAGAGGGGAGGACACCCGCAAAAAAUUCACAGACCAUCUAUACGCUGGUUUGGAACAAAAACGCAUAUCCACUUUUAGGGAUGAUGAAAAACUCGAGCGGGGAACACCUAUUGGUCCAGGGUUAUUCAAAGCAAUAGAAGAAUCAAGGUUUGCUGUUGUAAUUCUCUCAAGUGACUAUGCUUCUUCGAGGUGGUGCUUGAUUGAACUAGCAAAGAUUGUUGAUUGCAUGAAAAAGACUGGGUUAGUAGUCCUGCCAGUUUUCCACUAUGUGGAUCCCAGUGAUGUGCGGAAUCAGGGGGAGAUUUAUGCAGAAGCCUUCAAGAAACAUGAAGAGCGUUUCAAAGAUAGCAACGAAGAAGAUGUGCUCAUGUGGAAAGCUGCUUUGACAGAAGUUGCUAAUCUUUCUGGAUGGGAUUUACGGGAUAGGCAUGAAUCAAAAGUUAUCCAAGAAAUCGUUGGAACGAUAUCUAGUGAAUUGAAUCGUAGAUUCUCAAAGACUAUAUCUAAAGACCUUGUUGGAAUAGACUCCCGUGUGGAGGAAAUGUUGGAUUCAUAUUUGUGUGAAGGGUUGGGUGGUGUUCGCUUUGUUGGGAUUUGCGGGAUGGCUGGGAUGGGUAAAACAACUCUUGCACAAGAAAUUUAUAGAAGAAUUUCUGGUAACUUUGAAGCCAGCAGCUUUAUUGCUAAUGUGAGAGAAGAAACUAGAAAUCAAGGUUUAGUUUCAGUACAGAAACAGCUUCUUUCUAAGAUCCUCAUGCCAAGCGAAAUAAGGAUAUCAAACCUUCGUGAGGGAAUCAAUGUUAUAGGGAAUAGACUACGCGAUAAAAGGGUUCUUAUUGUUCUUGAUGAUGUGGAUGGAGGCGAACAACUAGAAGCACUAGCAGGGAAACAUGAUUGGUUUGGUCUUGGAAGUAGAAUUAUUAUAACAAGUAGAGAUAGCCAUUUGUUAAGAAGACAUGGAGUGGAUGAUAUAUAUGUAAUUAAGGUGUUGAGUGAUUAUGAAGCUUUGUUGCUUUUUAGUUGGAGAGCUUUCAAUAAAUCCUAUCCUACAGAAGAUUAUUUGAAGCUAUCUAAGGAUUUUGUGAAUUAUUCUGGAGGUCUUCCUUUAGCUAUUACAGUUGUAGGUGCUUUGUUGUUUGCUAAAGGAAUAGAUGAAUGGAAAAAAGCUCUAUCUAAACUAAAAGAAACAUCUGGUCUCAAAAUUUUAGAUGUACUUAAAAUGAGUUAUGAUGAGUUGAUGGAUGUACAACAAGAAUUAUUUUUGGAUAUUGCGUGUUUUUUCAAAGGGGAGAACAUCAAUUGCAUAAGAGAUAUACUCAAAACUUUUGGUUACUAUCCAGACUAUAAUAUUGGUGUUCUUAUGGAAAAAUCUCUCAUAACCAUUGAUGCAUGGGGUACUUUGUGGAUGCAUGAUUUGCUACAAGAGUUGGGAACAGAAAUCGUUUGUCAUGAAUGUCCUGAAGAUCCUGGUAGACGUAGUAGGUUGUGGAUUUAUGAGGAUGUCUUAAAUGUAUUGAAGAAUAACACUGGGACAGAGUUAAUUGAAGGCAUAGUUCUCAAAGAACAUGUUCAUAAAACGAAACAAUUGAAUGUUGAAUCCUUAUCAAAGAUGAAAAAAUUGAGAAUGCUUAAGAUUCAUGGUGUGCUCCUCCCAAACCACCUCAAUUAUCUUUCUAAUGAGAUAUGCAUUAUAGAAUGGCAUGGAUGUCCUUUAAAUUCUAUGCCAACCAAUUUCCAACCAAAUAAACUUGUUGAAUUGAAAAUGCAUUGCAGCGCCAUCAUUCAACUAUGGAAGGGAAUUGUGAUUUUAGACAAGUUAAAGCUCAUUGAUCUGAGUGAUUCUCAAAAGUUGAUCGAGACCCCAGAUUUCAGUGGAGCCCCAAAUCUUAAGCAUUUGAUUCUUCGACGUUGUACAAGAUUGUAUAAGAUUGAUGCAUCUAUCGGAAAUCUCAGAUGGCUUAUUCAAUUGGAUUUAAAUGGUUGCAAAUGUCUUGAAAUCCUUCCAUCCAAGAUCAGCUUGGAAUCUCUUGAGGUUUUUGAUCUUUCUGGUUGUUCAAGACUGAAGAAGUUUCCAGAGAUUGUGGGAAAAAUGUUAUGUUUAUCGAAACUGGAUUUGGACAAAACUGCUAUAAAAGAAUUACCAGUAUCAGUGCAGAAUUUCCAACCUCACUUUUUUGAGUCUAAAAGACUGCAAGAAUCUUUCAAGUCUUAGUGUUUGUUGCAGUUGGAUUUUUUUAAAAACUCUCACUCUAUCUGGUUGUUCAAAAUUGAAGAAGUUUCCAGAAAUUGUGGAAAAUAUGUCACAUUUGACAGAAUUAUAUUUGAAUGAGACUGCUAUAGAAGAGUUGCCAUCAUCAUUAGAGCAUUUAACUGGCCUUACUUUUUUGAGUCUAAGAAAUUGCAAGAAUCUUUCAAGUCUUAUGGAUGCUAUUUGUACAAUGACAUCUCUAAAAACUCUCAUCUUAUUUGGUUGCUCAAAACUUGAUGAACUACCUGAGAACUUGGGGAAUCUUGAAGGUCUGGAAGUGCUAGAUGUGAGUGGAACAGCUAUAGAAACGCUACCUACCUCCGUUUAUCCCUUAAAAAAUCUCAAAGUAAUAUUUCUCUGUAGACGUCAAGGGCUAUCAUCUAAGUCAUUGAAUAAGCGUCUCAAUUUUCUUUUAUUUCUCAAUUUUCUUUUAUUGCUUGUCAUCUUUAAUAUACUUCUAUCUGGAAGGAAAUACUUUUGUUUGCCUCCUGAAAAUUAUUAUUCAGCUAUCUGAUCUACGAGAACCUUUUUUUGAAAUAUUGCCCAAGUCUUUGAUCAUUGCAAGAGCUUCUAUUAAAUAUGGCACAUUGAUCAACAGACUCUACCUCACUGGAAACUUUAUCAGUGAGACCUGAAGAUAAUUUUCAGCCAACUCCUUGUCUUUUCGAUCGUGUAAUUGAGAAUCAAGGCUACGAUAACAUGUUAACAACUGAACAUUGCUAAGACAUUAUGUCACCAGAGACUCUGUGAGCCAUGCUGGGUAUAUGGUGUCGACAUUCCUGAAAGUGAAAUUCUGAAAUGGUUUAGCCACCAAAAUGUGUAGACAUACCGCACCAAAGAGGAUAUGACUCCCUAAUCUAAUUGAUAGACUCAUUCCAUGUUUCAGAAUUUGGAUUGAGAAUUCAAGCACAUAAGACAAGGUGACUCUGAUUGCAAGGAAGAGAAGUCCCAGUGGGUAGCUUUGAUGAAUCUGCAAGGCUGAUACACUAUUUUUCUCUAUUUUAUUUUGAAUGGUGCUUACCCCAAGGCUUGUAGGACUUGCAAAAUGAUUUUGCUCUCAGAUUGUACUAGAGCAUGCUGCUCCAAUUGCAAAUGAUAUUGUAGCUGCAGAUCCCUCUUCUACAGUGGUGCAUUCUGUGAGAAGGAAUCAAGAGUAGAAAUCCUUAAUAUUCAUGCUGCUGGCCAAACACGGUGAAAUUGACUAUGAAGCUGUUAUAAAGCUUGCAGAGGGCUUUAAUGGGGCUGAUCUUCGAAAUGUUGGCACAGAAGCUGGCAUGUCAGCAAUAUGUGCAUAACGGGAUUGUGUCAUGCAUGAAGAUUUCAUGAAGGCUGUGUGGACGCUGAAUGAAGCAAAAAGAUUCAAAUCCAGUGCCCACUACAGUGCUGAUUUUGGGAAACACUAGCAUUGUGUCAUUUUCAUUUCCAGAGCCACGGAUGUUUGAGCAGUGCUUCUUAUUCCAUGGAUAUAUGCAUUAAUAUGCACUAUAUUAAUCUAAAUAUGACCACUUUUUACAAUAAGUUGUGUUAUUUUUAUUUGCUGCCUGUCCAAGGAGGACCAAAGAUACAGUUGAUUGGACACUUGCCAGGAGAAUCAUAGCAUUUAUCGGAGGCAACCAAGUCAUUGUCAUUAAUGGAUGAAAGAAAAACGUGUUACAGGGGGUUUGGUUUUGUGACAUUUACUGAUGAAAUUUCAGCGAGGAAUGCCUCUAAGAAAGUACAUAGGAUACUUACGCAGAAGGAAUGCUAUUGUUGGCAACGGCCCAAUAGGCACCUAUGUGGGUUGUCCAGUAUCAAAGGAAAGAGCCUCAGGAGUUCCUUAUACAGAGUGGUUUGGGCUACUGUCUGUCGCAUAUGGUCUCAGCGAAACUCAAGAAUUCAUGGAUGAGAGAUCAAAACAGAGGAAAGCAUAGUGAAGAGUGUGAGAAAAGAUGUCAAGUUUUGGAUGAUGUUUAAAGGAAGUGGCUGCAACACUAUCCUAAACAAAGUUCUCUGUUCUAACUAGUUUGUACCUCAUUCCAUCCUUAAUGACUUCGCUUAAAAGUUUU